UUAAAAGGAACUGAGUAGGCAAAGCAAUCCUGAGAAUAUCUCCGAGGAGGGAAGCGGCUUCGAAGUGACACAGCCGAGAAUUGCCGUGGCUCACUGGUCUGUCCGCACCAACCCAGGCGUUUCGAAAGGCAUCAUGGAGGCUUUCGUAGGCACAUGGAACCUGAAGGAGAGCAAGAAUUUUGACGACUAUAUGAAGACACUGGGUGUGAGCUUCGCCACGCGGCAGGUGGGCAGCAUGACCAAACCCACCACCAUCAUUUCCAUGGACGGUGACACCAUCACCCUGAGGACCCAGAGCACCUUCAAGAACACCGAGAUCAGUUUCAAACUGGGCGAGGAGUUCGACGAGACCACCGCAGAUGACAGGAAAGUGAAGUCUGUGGUGACACUGGACGGAGAUAAGAUGGUGCACAUUCAGAAAUGGGAUGGGAAGGAGACGACCCUGGUGAGGGAGGUCAGCGAGAAGAGCCUGACUCUGACCCUGACGCUGGGUGACGUGGUGUCCACCCGCUCGUACAUAAAGGCCGAAUAGAGGACUGACUUCCUGACUCUCCCCCCUGCCCCCUCCCAGCCCAUCACUACAGGAUCCAGCGUGCUGGUACUGCUAUGGGUAUCCCCCCCCCCCCCCGCCCAUCUUUGUACUGCCUCCUCUGUCUUACACAAUAAAAAAAUCCUCGUGUU